AUGGCGGUCGCGGCGGCGCUUUUGCUCUGUGUUUUCAUUCUCAUCCUCAGCACCCGCAUCCUGGUUGGCGCCAAAGUCCCAGUGUCCGUCAACUACCACUUCACGCGGCAAUGCAACAAGAGCUGCGGCUUCUGCUUCCACACGGCGACGACGUCCCACAUCGAGAACCUCGAGCGGCAGCAAGCGGCCCUCCGCCUCCUCGCGCAGGCGGGCAUGCGCAAGAUCAACUUCGCCGGCGGCGAGCCAUUCCUGUACCCGAAGGCGCUGGGCGCCAUGAUCGACUUCUGCAAGCGCGAGCUGCGCCUCGAGUCCGUCUCCGUCGUCACCAACGGGUCGCUCGUGCGCGAGGACUUCCUGCGCCGGCACGCCGGCCAGCUCGACAUCCUCGCCGUGUCGUGCGACUCGUUCAACGAGCAGACCAACGUGGCCAUCGGCCGCGGCAGCGGCGACCAGGUGCCUCGCCUGUACCAGAUUGCCGAGUGGUGCCGCACGUACGGGGUCCUCUUCAAGAUCAACACGGUCGUCAACAGGCUGAACGUCGCCGAGGACAUGAACGCGCACAUCGCAGCGCUGCGCCCCUUCCGGUGGAAGUGCUUCCAGGUGCUGAUCGUGCGCGGCGAGAACGACUCGGACGAGACGCUGCGCAACGCGCAUCGGUUUACCAUCUCGGACGAGGAGUUCGAGGCCUUCUGCGAGCGCCACCGCGGGCAGGCCUGCCUGGUGCCGGAGCCGAAUCGCCUGAUGGCCAAGAGCUACCUGAUCUUGGACGAAUACCUGCGGUUUCUGGACAGGACUGGGAAGCAGCCGUCCAAGCCGAUCUUGGAGGUCGGCGUGGAGAAGGCCCUGGAGAGCGUGUACUGGGAUGAGGAAGCCUUCGUGGAGCGCGGAGGGCUGUAUGAGUGGACGAAGCCGGCGAAUGGGGAGAGCGGCUGUGGGAGUAAGAAAGAACUGGAGUGGUAG